AUGGUUCGUCGAGAGGCUCAACGCCAUAUUACUAUGUUUGGAUUUGGCACGAAGAUUGGGGAAUCUGCUAUUGUGUUUGCUUCCAAAAACACUGCUUUGAGACAUACAAUCGACACCUGUUGGGCAUUGCACGAGGUACCAGAUUGGGAGAAGGAGCGGAGGCAUUUAAAAAGGGAACAACUAGAUAGCGAAGCUCAUGUGACUGUUGCCCCCACUUCUGUGGUUGACAUCACCACUAGGCACAACCACCUUGCUACUACUCCUCCUCCAACUUUGACCGCGGUAUCAAGCAUUCCAACACCUUCGCCUCCAAGUAACUUUGGCAAGGCUUUCCAUGCUUAUGAUACCCGCGAUAUAGGUUGGAUUAUUGAUUUAGGAGCUACUGACAAUAUGACGUAUAAUUCUGCUUUAUUCUCUACUAUUCUUCCGCCUCAUCGUGAUCAUGUUCUGAUUGCUAAUAAUGCCGCUGCUCUUGUCGCGGGGUCUGGUUCUGUACUCUUGACACCUACUUUACCAUUAGACAAAGUGAUAUCCAGACUCGGGGAGAUCUUUGGUCGUGAUACUAAAAAAGGGGGGUUUAUUAUGUGGAUGAUGUGGCAACUAAUCGGGUUCUUCGUGCUAGUAGCGCCGAAACUUCUCAGCAUCGCUGGAUUUGGUGGCUAUAUUACCGAUUUGCUAUACAGUCUAUCUCUUGAAUCGUCUACCUUGAAGAGUUUUGGAUUUCCAAACUCCUAUGCAGUUGUGUCGUCUAUGUUCACCUCCAUCAGAAUCAAAGGAGUAAGCUGGACCAAUGUGCUAUUCGCUGUGUCUAUCUGGGAUGAAGUGUUCUUCUCUGAUACACCCGAGCAUGUCCUUCAAGGGGAGACUAGUAGCGAAAGACAUAACUGGCUAGAUUUACUAGGGGGAGUAGUAUUGGAUAGUUUGAUACAAAGGGAAGAACCGACCGAACCUGUUGAACCUGCUACACCGGCCGAACUUGCUACACUAGUUGAACUUGCUAUUUUAACUGAUGUCACUACUGUCACUGAACCGAUUGCCCCCUAUGAAGCUUUUCUAAUAGUACCCGAUCAAGCUCCCCUGGAUAUUCGUGAGCACCUAGACAACCGUGGGGUUCCACCUGAUCGUUACUCACCAGAAGGCAAAGCGAGAUAUGCUAUUGCCCAUUAUGUGUCUGAUCACAGGUUAUCUCCUCAGUACAAAGUGUUUGUGACCAUAAUGGACAGUAUUAAAAUUUCAACUCGUGUUGAGGAGGCAUUUUAUGAUCCAAAAUGGGCUGAAGCCAUAAAUAUUGAAAUUGAGGUGUUGCAGAAAAAUAAUACAUGGGACAUUGUUGAUCUAUCAAAGGGAACGAAGCUUGUAGGAUACAGAUAG